AUGGCUGACGUUGACCGCACCUUUCGACAACUGGAACGCAACAUGCAACGAGUCCUACGUGACGUUCUCUCCGACUUUGGUCCCGGUAGCCCGCUUCUGAUCACCCGUGGGCCGACCCAAGGCGGCCAGGGCCGGAAAGGUCCGCCUGCCGAGUGGAUGCCCCCCGUUGAUGUAUUGGACGCCGGUGACCACUUUUUGAUCUACAGCGAACUCCCAGGCGUACCCAAAGACAAGGUCAAAGUCGAACUCUCGGACGAAAACACACUCAUGAUCUCUGGUGAAUACCCAAAGCCCGAAGUCUAUGAGAAAGCCCAGGCUUUAUACGCUGGCGAGAUCAUGUACGGCAAGUUUGCUCGUGCCAUUCCGCUUCCUCCUGGAAAAUUCGAUCCAAACAAGGUUGAAGCCAAGCUCGACAAUGGACUGUUGACGGUCAAGGUUGGAAAGGCUGAGCAGCCUCAACCAAAGCAGAUUACCGUCGAAUGA